AUGGCGGAAACCAAGUACGAUCGUCAGCUGCGCCUCUGGGGAGAGGACGGCCAGCGAGCUCUCAGCCAGGCGCGCAUCGUCGCCCUUGGCGCUACCGCGACUGCCAUUGAGGCCCUCAAAAACCUAAUCUUAUCCAACAUUGGCAUGGUAACGGUUGUUGAUGAGCGCGUCGUGGAUAGUGAGCAGAUCGCCACCACUUUUUUCGUCGAGGAGGGCGAUUUAGGGCGACCGACGGCGGCCGCCGUGGUGGAACGCCUUAGUGAGCUUAACUCGGAUUGCGUCGUUCGGGCGGAAAUGAUGGCACCCGCAGCGUGGGUUAGGUUGUUUGUCGCUGCUACGGCAGCCCUAGAAAACACGUUAGCGUUUUCGCCCUCGCCAGACGCGCAACAGCGCGGGGUUGCGUUCGAUACGAGGAAUGCCACCCCGAGCGAGCCGUGCUCGACCGACCAGGAUAGCGCUACCACCUGUUUGUCGACCUCCUCCAAGGAUUUACCGUCUUGUAUUCUCGUUAGCAACCGGUAUCCGGAUUUUUCCACGAUAUCGGAGCUCGCACGCAGCGCUAGGCCACUAGGGAUCCCCGUUUUGUGCGUCGAGGCCAGAGGAUUAGUGGGGUUUGUCCAGGUGCAUCUGGUCGAUCGAGUCGUUAUUCAUGCCCGCACGCCAACCGAAACACCCAUGGAGGACCUGCGUAUUUUCAAUCCCUUCUCAGCGCUUCAAGAUUGGUUUGAACAACACGAUCCGAUGACCGAGGUGGGUCCUUUGGAGGCAACGGCGAGGAGCCACUUGCCGUACCCUUGUAUUCUUUAUCACGCAUGCAAGCGGUGGCGGCGGCGAGCGCGAGAGGGCGAGAGGGCAGCUCAGGCCGCCCCACAAUGGCCCUUCACGGCGGACGAGUAUAAGGAAAUUCGAGGGGAAGUGGAGGUGAUGGCGGCAUCCCUCGCAGGAUUGCUGGGCGAAAGUUUUUCCGAAGCCCUCGAAAUGUGCACGGAGCGACUGAAUCGACCCUCCCUGAGCUGCCCACCUGCCCCUUUACGGGGGUUGUUUAACGAUCCACGCUGCGAGGAUCCUCUUCGGGUGGCUUCGUAUUUUCCCCCGCAUGCCCUCCAUGGCCCGGUUGGAGGAUGCAGGUGCGAGGAAGUGUUGGUUUGGUUUGUAAUCCAGGGUAUUCGAACUUUCUACCACUCCGAUGAGCGGGAAGUGAGGGGUUUUGAGAACGGCGUGGGUGCUUCUCACGUGCUGCCUUUUUGCGGCCACAUCCCAGACUUCAUGACGACCACGGCGUGGUAUAAGGAGCUUUGCUCGAUUUAUCAUCAAAAGUUCCGCGUGGAUGUGCAGCGCGUGACGGAUUUCGCGUUUCAAGCGUGGUGUGGACGUCAAACCGAGGACCUUUCCGAUGCAACGGCCGUGGCGCUUUCGCGUUGGCAGCACGGGCGCGAGGAAACGUACGAAAUGCUCCACGCCCUGGCCACAGAUGCCGUGAAAAAUAUCUGGUCGAUCCGAUUGGUGAGGUUCAGUCCGGGGUAUGUCGUCGAGGACCCCGCCGAGGGCUCGGUGGCGAUCUUGUCAGGGUCUGAUGUGGCGAUGAAAGGGGGGUCCACGGCGGCGCGCACGGAAAUCCGCGCGGAUCCCCGGAUGGGGAGCCUCGCGAACGAGGCCGCUUGGCGACGGCGAUUGGCCUCCCAAAUUCGUCACGCGCUGGAUGGGGUGGCGGAUUCGUUUCCGGAUGCCGCGCAACGCACUUGGUGCUUUGGGGUGAGCCUUUUGGCCCUUCAGGAAUGGACGCGGCGGAAGGGCCUGGGGUUCUCUUCGGAGACGCCCGCCCACGAUGGUGGACCCUCCUCACGCCCUAUUCUAGAGGGCCACACCCACCGCUCCGAUCCCGCGUCGCCCUCAGGGUUGUUUUCGUUCUUAAAGAGUCUGAUCUUGCUCGAAGGCGUCGACGCUUGGCCGGAAAGCACGGCGGAUCGGCAUCAUAAGGAUGAGGCACGUUCGGUAAAUCGCUUCAUGCCCUCUCCAACCCAAGCUAAGGGUCUUUCGAUGCCCUUGGGAUGGGAUCCGCUCGAAGAGUUUCUACGCAAAGCUUGUGUGGAGUUGGAGCGGGUGGGUUCGAGCGAGAUAAUCUCCCUCGCGGCCUCCGUCGGGGCCGUCGCCGCGCAAGAGAUGAUGAAGUUGAUUCAGCGUCGCCGCAUCCCGGCAGGACAUCCACUCCUCUACAACGGGUACGACAAUCUUAUCCUAGCGUUGAGGACCUAA